AUGGGAGCCGAAAACAGCCUUAUUCACAGACGCAACGUUGAUAUAAUACAACCAUCGGAACCUGAAAAUUUGGAAUUAGGUGAAUCUAGAGCUAAUGCUCCUACAGUUCCAGUUUACGAUAAUGCUGAUGCAUCUCGUCAAAGAAACUCGCCUGCAACAACUGCAACGGAAAUUUCUGGCAAGCCACGUUCAAAGAUGACCAACCAUCAACCUAUUCCAUCACACCAACUUCUUCAGAAUCAGCGGUAUAUUAUUGGCAAAGUGGAGAGAUCUCAUGUGGUACCGCACAUGCAACUACGACGACAAGCAAGAGAAAUUAGGGAUAAUGAGGAUGAGGAAACAAUUCCAAACAAUUAUCGUCAAUUGUCAACAGAUGAUUAUGUAAUGCCCGUUAUUUGGUUGGAUAACGAAGUUCGUGAUUCAGAGGAAAAUCUAAAGAUGCAAGAUGAAUUAAACGUUGUAACACCAUCACUAAAAGUAUUCAACAACAUUGAAGACUGUGAAGACUAUAUUCGAAAAUUAGCCACUACUGAUAAAAAAGAUGUAGCACUUGCUUUUGUUGAACACCAGCAACAGAAUUUGUCUGAAGAUUGUCAACUAGUAUUAUUUGAGAUAAAAAUUGAUCCGUGUCUUAAAACUCUGCCAUAUGCAAAUAUUUCAGAAUUAAGUGCCUUGCGCGGCGAAAAGGAAGUUUUGUUUGUACCGGGAACAAUUUUUAAAAUUCAAAACGUUCAUAAAGAUAAAAAUUCUGAUAAUAUUGACAUUAUCCAACUAGAAUUAUGCAGUGAAGAAGACCCAGAACUGUGCGAAAUUAUCUUGCAUUGGACAAAACAAAUUGAAACUGAAACUAAUGAAACUUCAUUGGGUUGGUUAAUCAUGCAAACAGGUCAUUUAGAUAAAGCCGCAAAGUUUUAUGAAACAUUGUGGAAUCGAUUACCACAUAAUGAUCCUUUGAUCGUAGAUUGUUACUAUGGUUUGGGUAAUUGUAAUCAAAAUGCUGGAUAUUAUAAUGAAGCCAUUUUCUACCAUACUGAAGCAUUUAAGGCUGCAGAGGAAGUACGCAAUGGUGAAAAAUGGUUUGCCAAAGGUUACAGUUCAUUAGCAGAUGACUACUUUCUUAAUAAUGAAAUGGAAAAAGCACUUGAAUCAUAUCAAAAAGCAUUACCGAUUUACAUAUCCAAAUAUGGUGAAAAACAUCCAGAUACUGUGAAGUGUCAUACGAACCUCGGUAAAGUCUAUGAAAAUAUGGAAGAAUAUGAAUUGGCAGAAAAGUCAUAUCAAACUGCAUUUAAUCUGACUAAGUCUUCUAAAUCGAAAAAAGAUCCAUUUGAUCUUGCUACAUCAUCAAUCAACUUGG